AUGUGGGCUCCAGACGAUUCUAACAGCAACACGGUAUAGUGUUUAGUAAUUCUUUCAAAACAGUUUCAAACUACUCCAGGGCAGAAAGUGAUUUAGUAUUUCAAGUACUAAAUUUAAGUGGAACUCAGCACAUACAAGAUGGUACAUGUAUACAUAUUUACUUACCAAUGAAGGUGUUCACUAAUGCCAAUUUCUACAAAUAGAGGGAAGUUGAUGAGUCGGCAAAUUUGGCCUUCAAAGUCCUAUGAAUUACAAGUUUUGAAAUUUUUGAGCGAAUGACUCGUUUUGGCCCAAUAUCUGGAUUCUCUCUGCCUUUGGAUAGUAUGUUCGUGGUCUUUUGACGAAUUUUUUUCAGUUUUUGACAUUGGACUUCCAUCUGUUAACGGUCCAAGACUUCAAUUUUAAAUGUAAUGGUACUAUUUUCUCGAACGCCUCUACCCACUCACAUGCACGGGAAGUUAACGCACAUGUGGCUUUGGACGAUGAUAACAUCCGAUCGAUCUAUAGAGCGAGAGAAAAUAGCGCACAUCGGCUGAUUCGCAUAACCAUCAUCCUCCCCCCUCCUCCCCCGAAUGUUAUUUUGGAAGGACCAACGUUCACAUAUUUUGUCUAAUUUUCAAAUUCAAAAGGUUUGGCCUUUUAAACACAAGGUAACAUUGAAAUAGUCUUAUACUAGGAUAACAAAAAACAUCAAAGAGAUCGGGAUAAACCCAAAACGAGCAAGGAUGGUGAAGGAUGGCGAAGAUAUUCACGGAUUACAAAAAUAUACAAGUAAACGUAUAUUUUCUUCUGACAUAGCUGUUUAGUAAAUAUAUAAAGUAUACCAAAGGUACCAUUCGUUUUUCUCAAAAGUCCAUUUUUACUUUAUAAAAGCUCUUCCAAAUUCGAAACAUUUGCCAUCUUGAAAGGCGCCAUCUUUCCCGUGACGUUAUGGGUAGAACGUCUAAAGCUUCGUUUUACAAUCGCGUGAAAUAAGUAUAGAUCUUUUCCACAGCCUUUGUUUGCCAGUCUCGUCACGAUUUUUUUACUUACAGUUUGCUUGAAUAUAUUCAAUUUUUCAUAAUGGUAAAGCGUUGUGUCGUCCUGUUUGUACUAAUUCAAACAAAACUGGGCAUACAAUGCAAAGAUUUCCAAAUGAAGCAAAUUAAAUUUGAAGCGACAAUGGGUUAAAUCUGUUCAAGCGAAAACUUCGAUUUCGUCGAGCCGUUCAAACAUUCUGUUGUUUGUAGCAAUCAUUUUUCUCCCGAUUGUUAUAAGAAAGGCUCUAUGGUUGGAAUGGGCCUCCGAAAAAAAAAAAAGCUUCUUCCUGGUGCUGUACCGACGAUUCAGGCCCUACCAGAGGCAAAUUAGGAAAAAAGGGACCAAUACAUUCGGCAGACGGCGAGGAUUCGGAUAUGGCCGACCGAACUGAGAAACGACCGAGGAAAAUUUCAGCUCUUCAAAAGUUAGAGGUCAACAGAAUAAGCACAAAAUUGAUUUACACGGAAACCUUUCCAAUCUAUUGAAAGAUUAUAGGUAGGCCAGUUUCUCAGGAGCCAGCGCUGAGCCCAAUAAACAUGAUAAAGACGUUGGCCUGUCUGAACCUUUGCAUGAGUUUGAAACACGUACUAAAGAAAGAGAAUUCGUUGACGUCGGUAUUUAAUUUGAUCUAGAAUUUUGUUGGUUCGAUGUAAAAAAUUCUAUACACGAUCCUACAAAAAACCCUUAUGUUCUAGAAGGGAAACAUACCAGCCCCACCUGCUGCUUCCUUUAAGAAACCCUGCAAAGAAACAGAAGUUGAAGAAUUUGGUCACGGUUUUCACGGCAGUAGAGCUACAUUAAAAAGUCAGUAGGACAACGUUUUUUGUUAAUAUUUUAUUUUCAUUUUACUCGUUUCCGGUGUGAUUAUCUGUGCCUCACUGCCGCCGAUUGUACCCUUGCCUUAUCGGAUUUUCAUGCCAAAUAAUAAUAAAUCGCACAGUAAAUUAAAUACCAGUGUGAGUUUCUGAGACGAUCAGCACCGAUGACAACCGGUUUCAUGCUGUCUUCGUGCGGAUGGUUUCAGUGAACCCUACGCGGCUCAUAUUUAAAGGAUGUGGCCCAGGCAUUCGAGUCACAUUCUUCUGAAAAAACGUUGUCCGAACUACUGCCACUUGUACGAGCUGCCCAACCAAGCAGUUCUAUUGUUGAAUAUGUAUUGCGCAAUACGUUAAUUCAACCGCUUACGUCACGACUUCUUGCUAUUGUUUUCACCAGCAGUGGAAUUUCAGUUAAAAAUGUCAAUUUUCUCCCUGAAAUUAGUCGAAUUGGACAAAACGAAUAGCAAAUUCGUUUUCUAUGCCACUUGUUACGUAGUAUAGGAAAAAAUGUAUUUUUGGGUUUACAUGCCCUUUAAGAAAAUGAAAGCUAAGAUUUCCCUUGUGUAAUUGAAAGAUUUCCUUUGUGAAAAUGGAAGCUAAGAUUUCCUUUGUGUAAUUGCGCCAUUGCACUAAAAUAUUGCAAAUCAAAUGAAGCCCUAUCAGGGGUUAUCGGGAUACGGGAUAUUUGGGCGGAUAAUUAAAGGGACACAGGAUAUCAAAGAAGACAUUCUGGGGUAUCGAAGAUCGAAGUACUCAUUUUUUAAAAGAAUAAAAUAGGUUUGUUAGUCAAUAUAGAAGGCGCAAAUAGUUUAAAAAAAUUCUUUUAAAUGCCAUUUUACAUUUUACCGUCAAAUAUUGUCAAUAUUGACAAUAGGUGCCAAUAUCGGCUCUUGUCCGAGAACAAAUCUCCCCCUACUCCACGGCUUUUUCCAUUUCGCGCUACUUUCGCGCGAUGCGACCUCACACCUCUACUCUUGUAAUGAAUGAAGAAGAAUACCAAUUUUAUAUGGUUCAGUGCUUGGACUAUGGAGAUCCACUGACUGCCAGGGUACUGGGGAAGAAAUAUCACAUGAGUUAGCAGAAAUGGAAGAUGAAGAUAUUCAGAGAGAUACUAGGGGUUCAACCACAAGAUAAGAAAGAAAGUCAAGGCGUCCAAGAGAAUCAUCGUUCUUAUUUUACGAUUAACUUGAAACUCAAGAACCCUCGGCAGCAGCAUCCAUUGGUCUCCCCAGGAUGGAACACAAGUCCACGACGUAAGCACUUGAUAAAAGUGACUCUACCCGGCUUGUGUGCAGGUGGAAUGGCUGUACGUAGUGAUUCACAAUAUAAACAGUGUCUUCUUGCUAAAAACCCAGCUAAACAAGACGGCGUAGUUCACAGGAUUCCCUAUGUCUACAUCGUCGAGACAGGAAGACCCAUGCAGGAUUGAAUUAAGGAGCAUGAUCGAGAAAUCCGACUAACCCAUUCCCAGACGUCCACCGUUUCAGAGCACGACCACAACACCGGACAUCAGCCACUCUGGAACGAAAUUAAGUUUAUUGAUCGUGUUCCUCAUUACUACACACUUAAGGUCAAGGAGCAAUUCACAUAAGACUUCGCUCUGAUAACAUCAAUAGGAACGGCGAAGUAGAAAUUCCAGAAGCAUGGAUGCCCACGAUCCGCAAGAAAUACAACAACAGGAGAGCCGUGCAAAACGGACCGCCGAGGAACAAAUCAGCCAAACGGCGAGGAAAUGCCCCAGGAAAAUAUGUUUUGCAUUAUCAGGUAUCCAAGCAUAUCAUGUUCAAUGACGUCAUCGUGUUAACUGGCAUUACAGGGAUACGAACCAAAAGAAUUAACGGGAUACGGGAUAUUUUGGCCAAAAAUUAAUGGGAUACAGGAUACUCAGACCCCCCUUAAUGGAGCCUCACAAACUGCCGCGGCAACUCUUCGACUUCCCACAAUUCUUAAGCCUACCUCGCAAGGGACAUUUCCCUAACUUGCAUCAGCGAGGCGAAGACAAACAAUUUCUUCUUGUAGGUGCGAUAGAACCAAGGUUUUAUUCCAAAUACUCUCCUAUCUUGAGCUUGAGGCGCCUGUAUUGAAAGUCAUCUAUAAAUUGUGUUUUUAACGCUGGCACUUAUUCGAACGCUCCAAGAACUGCUAAUAAAUGAUUUCCGUUGAUUAUAAUUUGAUCUAAAGCAAAUGAUCUCUCAUCUUGAGUCUAAGAUUUCUAUAUUUCGAGUCGAAUUAUUUACGAAUGUCAAGCCAUCAUAAAGAACUGAGCAUGAAUUUAAAUGACCUCCAAAUUUAGCAAUUCAAUCAUUGUCCAUUGCAAAACGUGAAUGCCAGAUGAUAUCGCUCAAAUUAUGCAUAAUUGCGCGACAUCAUCUGCUGCGUUAAAAAACACUGCGCCACAUUCUAAACCAAUUAAAGUAUUUUCUCUCACCAACACAAAGUGGCUUAUAUUGCUAGUCUACCCUGUGUAUCAGCGGGCAAACUUAGUGUAAUUUGCCUUUCUAUUCUCAGGUACACUUUUCAUUUCGUAUCGGCUGGAGACGAUCAAGGAGUUUUAGUCUUAAUUGUGACCAAAACAUGAUUAGCAGCGGUCAACUUAUUACUUACGGAGGCUCGUGGGAAGGAAGAUGUGACAAUUUGUAUAAUUCACUGUGUGGGUCUUCGCUCACCAUUUCAAACACCUAUUUCUACUGCACUGAUUAUAGUGUGUCUGAAGAUUGGACAGUGGGCGAAAAUAAAUUCACUUACACUUUCAAUAACAACGAGAAGCAAUGGCACGUAAGGUAUGUUUCCUUACAUCUUAACACUCUGCUCAAUCGUCGUCUGAUAGGCAUGAGAGAGAAGUAUGUGCUAUGAGGACUCGAUCUUGAGACACCCCAGGGGGCCGGAUCGUGUUCUCGAUAUAAAAAUUAGAAUAUUUUACUAACAGGGAGCAAUUAAGUUGUUAUAUUGUUUUUACGUCACGGGAAGAAUGGUAUCGCUGUUCCAACUUUCCGAUUACCGGCCCCAUUAAAAUGUCAUAACAACUUACAAACUAUCAUUGGACAAAAUACGAGAAAUUAUUAUUUCAGAGGUUGCAGUGAAAUGAAAUGAAAGGUUUCAUUAGUAACCGAGAAAAUCUCGUUGGUUUAGGCGCAUACUCAAAUACGCACUCCUUUUUCUUAUUCUUUUCUUUUUUUCAUGUUUUUCUGUUUCGCUUUCUGGUGUAGUGUUCUUUAUUAUUUGUUCGGCAUGAUUUCGAACUUAUCAAUGUUGGACACCAGUUUCAAAAUGAUUGCAGAUGACUGCAGCAAAAAUCACAACUCCGGGGCUUACAUUUGAGGUUGAGUGAACAAAAGAAAAAGUAAAAAAACCGGGAAGAAAUUCACUACAACGUUUCUAUUUUCUCUUUUUCUAAAAGUUAUUCAGGUUGCUGCUGGAUUUAUCUGAGUCACUAUGCUGGUUCCUCAAGUUGGAAAGUACAAACUGCAAUAAACCUCGCUCCACGAUCGGAUAACGGAAAAAUCAACUCAUCUCCUGUGACACGAAGUCCAGCCAUUGUUCGAUUCCCAGGAGGUUGUCGUCAGUCGUUUCGAAUCCCAGUUGAAGACCCAGAUGGCGAUACAGUGAAAUGUCGCUUUGCGACUUAUUUGGAGUCCUUCAAAUUCAAUACAAGUUUUCCUUACGGUGAAUUGGAUGAGGUAAUUGAAAGCAGCAGUCACCACUAGUUGAAAUAGUCCUAGGAUGAAGCACAUCGCCUAACAAAUUUUGGUUAGAAGCGUUGAGUUUCUUAAGGGAAACCACUGCAGAAAAAAUUAACCCUUCAAUUCUCAUGAGUGACCAAGAGAGAAUUUCUUCUUACAAUAUCAAUACAAUAUCAACCAGAUCAGUGAUGAAAAUAAAGAAAAAUAUCAAUUUGGGGGUAAUUGGUUGAUCCAAUACUAAAUUCUCUGAACUAACAUUAUGAGAAUUUUGUGGUUGACAGUAGGGAGAAUUACAAGUCAGUUGAUCUGGGAGUUAAAGGGUUAAACAUAAUCCUACUUUUUUAUCAUGUUUGAUGUCAUAUACUUUUGCUAAGAAUAGGUAAACAUAGCGAUGUAUUUUUAUACACUAUGAUUGCUUGUAGACACAGUCCUUCAAAAAAAAAAAAAAAAAAAAAAAAAGGAUGUCAGGGGCUGAAGUGCUUUCAAGGCUCCGGGAAUCCGUCUCCUUACGAAUAAGAAUAUGUCCAUCAUUCAGCAAACUCAAAAGGAAGUUAUCAGGUACUAUCAAUUUCCCUCGCAGAAAUCUUGUCUUCUAACGUACAAUGGGUCGCUAGCAGCAGUUGGUGGAAUCUUUGUACUAGCAUUAACUUUAGAAGACUUUCCAGCGGGAAAUACAAACUUCAGUAACGUCACGUCGUUAAGCGGUAUACCAUUACAGUUUCUUGUCAUGGUGAUUGGUAACCAUACUGGUCAUUGUGACGAAAAGCCUGUCUUUACAGCAUCCACCCCAAAAGAUGGUGAAUGUUCCGAUGUGCCGAUUGGUUCUGCAUAUAGAGCAGUGAUCGAAGUACAGGUUGCAGACUUCUCAAAAUCGUAUGUAAACUAAACAACUUGCCCUUGAUUAUUUUCUUCCUUUGAUUUUUUUUCCACUUAAAAGACACAAAUACCUAUCUUUUAAGGUCCUCAUUAACAUAUAGAUAACAAUCUCCCGUGAAUAAUAACCAACUUUCAAGUGUGUUGAUAUAAGCUGCCAUACAAAUUCUUAGUAUACUAUCCCAUUCAGGUCGUUAGAAUGAUAAAGAAUUUCCAUUGAACGGAAAACAAGAAUCAAUCAACGCUUCCGCGGUUUUCCGCAAACCUUCAUCUACUCAAGUGAAAUUGGUAGCGCAAGAAAUUAUGAUUUCUAGUAUGGAACCUAAAAAUUUCUCAACAUUUUAAGUCAUUAUCAUUUAUGAUAAAUUUAAAGUUAUUCUAUUCAAUUCUUUCAGCAUUGUGGAAAUAAGCACUGCAUCUCCAAGUGGAAUGCAAAUUACAUCUUUACGCAAUCAUGGACAAAUCUACUACCGAAAUGUUACGUGGUACCCUAGUCAACAUCAAAUUGGACAACAGUUGUUCUGCUUUGUGGCAAGAGACUCUGCUGGGUAAGAAUUACAGGUGGUAUGAUCUUAACCCCAAAUAUAUUAAUUUAGGCGGUUUACAGCUUUCAAGCGUUAAUCUCGAAUCGUUGGAAAACUGAAAAAUUCCCCUUUUCAAAUUGGUAGAUCAUUCGCGUUUUCCUACUCUGCUGGGAAAGAAGUAAAAGUGGUAGGUACAUUUUUACCAGAUAGAUAACUCGCCUCUUAUUAAUCGUUAGAUUUAGAAUUUUAUGGGGGAAACAGAGGAAUUGUCGUUUUAUGAAGUAUCUUAUAGAUGUUAUCAUAAAGUUUGCUGGGACAGUUUUUAAAAUCAUUUUGAUUAACGACUUGCAUGACCAUAAGUCAUUAUAAAUAGUGUUUACUAUCAAUCAGUGAAAUCGAAAUCUCAUUGUGUGUGGGUGUGAGUGUGACGAAGAGCAGGUAUAGGUUGGUGUAUGGCUUUGCUAUUGAAACGUAGAAUUUCUUCUCUGUCUAAAAUCCCCCCGUAACAACUCAAUCGUUUAUGUUUAUCUAUUUAUUUAUCUGUGUUAUUUUCAUAUUUGCUAUCCUUAUGUGAUGAAUUUUUUUUACAGACUGGAAAGUGAAUGGCGAUGUGUGACAAUUCUAGUUGGCACGAGUAAGAAAAUUAAACACUUUUCCUUUUCGAGAACCGAAACGAUAGUCAGACUUGAUUGAUAAUUCAUGUUGCGUUGCUGUUAAAAUAAGUACACCAGUUAGAAAUCUGCUACUGAGGUAGGAGACUUCGGUUACCCGUUGACUUUCAUCGAAAAGAAAAAGUAAAAGUCGAAAGUACAUCUUUAAAACAGACUUGUAAUUAAAUUUCCUUUCAAUAGCCAUCUGGGAUUAGAGUAAUAUUUGAAUGGUUGAAAAGGUUUCAUUUUCGAGGUGUCUACCAAUGUAAUUGACAUUUGGAUUGUUGUUGCACCAAUGACGUCCUACCCGAGGAGGUUUAGUAUCUCACUGAGAAUGGAAAGAAAACAAAUGACAUUUUGAGCUGCUUUCCCACUGGAGUAGGCUUAUAGGCAGAGUAGCAGUAUCAUACAAAAGUGAGAAGGAACUAUAGCAUGAAGGACUAUGUCAUUGGUAUUUCUAUGCGCAAAUAGAGGUUCAACAACUGAUGAUCGACAACCAUUUUUCAGGUAGUACCCCGCGAGUCCUUUUAGCAAGUCGCACACCCAUAACACCCGUGAGCAGAUAUGGAUCAGGUUAUUCCAACUGGAGCGUUCAGUUUGACCGAUUGGUAAGGACAACAAAUUUUUAAACUUCGUACCAAGAGUAUCGAGACAAAGUUAUCAAAAGCAUUUGAGAUCACGCUCUUUUUCCAAUAAAAACUUUAGGCGGUUGUUCAUUUGUCACUUUCAACUGAUUAAGUUUGGUCACAUUUGGCCACGGUUUCACGCAUCUUCUGAGAAUAUUUCGCAUUAUGUGUUGCGCUCUUAGCAAAUUCAUAACCCACAAUAUUAGCCUGCUUUUUCGUAUAAUUUGUUUUUACGUAUGAUUCAUUAGCGAGGCGAAAAACUGUACACGUUAUCACUGGCUCUACUUUGUCUUUUUGAGAUAUUUAAACAAAGAGAUCUUGUCGUGUCUUUUCCGCGUCAGUUUUCGUAAAAUAAAUAGAUUUAAAUUAUGACGAAUUAUUUUUUUAUUAUUUUGGGCCCCCCGCGGGGCAAGGUGGUUGGUUUCCUGAGAAAAUUAAAAGCCGUGGAAAUCGUAUGUGUUUUCUAUCAUAGGAAAUUGGAUAUAUCUGUCAGGUGUAGUUUGUGGAUCAAGAUGGGUGUCGAUCACACUCAAAUAUAGAGGAAAAAACGACUAAAUUUUUCUUCUGAUUCAUCUUCACUUUUGGGUACCACCGACAAAGGAUAGUUUCCCUUUGCUGGUACUCCACAGAUCUUAUGUUGUCACAUUAAAUUUCGACAUUAUCUAUUACAUGAAAUAAUUAGACACACACAUGAGAGCAUGGAAUCUGUUAAUAUGUACAGCUCCUCAGACAAGGCAAGCUGUGAUGGUGCAUAUGUAAGAUCGCACAUCUCCAAGGGCUGUGACCCCGGUUCUUAGCGUAACCUGGUAUCAUUUCUGGGUGAUUUUAGCGGUUGGUUUUCAUCUUUACUCUGUGGCUUUUUGUAAGAUUUUCCAGUUUUUCUCUCUUCAAAAAAUCUGAAAUUUCCUUGCAGAGUCCUACAAACGACGGUGUGAAAUUUUACAGAAAUUCCAAUACUAUUCAAUUCGAGUUGAUCAAAAUUGAUCAUGUCCAAAUAAACGACACAGUUAUUGUGUUUGAUAAUAAUUCUGUUAUAUGAUGAGAAUGCUUUUCAUUUCCUGUAGAUAAAGAAACCUCGAACAUCGUCGUACAUAAGACUCGUCCUGCUGCCUAGUGAACAAACAGUCUACAAAGUGGACGCACUCUCUCAAAACGUGACAAUUGGUAGUAAUUCAACUACGCUGUAUUUUGCAAUACCCUAUCCUGUGUUGAGCAUGGAGGGAUCAUAUGCAAUCUUAAUGGAUAAAGGAGUAGUGGUUGGCCUGGGCUGUUCCUCUGGCGGUACACCCACACCCGGAAUAUCAUCCUCUAGUGCCUGGAGAUUCUACGUAUUUGGCUUCUGUUCUUCUGGGUAUUCUCUACGCUCACCUUACUUCCAAAGCUGUGUUGGUAAGCAAAAUUGUAGAUUUUCUUAGUUCCUGAAAAGAAAACCUUAAAGGAACUAGCCACACUCAAAAGUUUAUUAGAAAAAUCUUCAUCAUGAAGGAGUUUUGAGGAUUUGCUUUGAUUCUAUCGUGUGGUUGUGUUUGUCGCGCGACACUUUACCACGACCGUAAAACUAGCUUUUGAAGGAUUCUGGGCGUACAUUUCCCCAAAGUAAUUACCAUACAAUUGUUCUUCUUCCCGUUCAUCCGUCCUAAAUCUGUGGGUCCGUCCCUUUUCUCAUGCACCCUGGUCAUGUAGUCAUUCAUGCGUUCACUCAGCAUUUCCCCAUCGUAUAAUUAGUCUACAACACCUGUACACCCGUCCUCUCCGUAUGCACGAAUCUUGCCGAAAGCGGCAUUAUGUAAUGUUUUCCUUUUUUUCGCUUUUAAGAUGUAGAUGAAUGUGCCUACUCUGGUUCCAGAGGUGAGUGACUGUAUCUUCAGGUUACCAUAAUAGCGAUAACCAGAGACACUCUGUCGAAAAAGGCUGGAAAAAUUGUUCAACCAUUUUGUCGCAAUUUGUUUUCGAUCACCGAUCUGCUCAAAUUUUCCUGUUCUGUGCAUUGGAACGCUUCAGGUCCGUCAGAUAUUUUUCCGGAGUUCACGUUACCUGCAGGUUGUGAUCAGGACUGUGACAACACUCCCGGAAGUUACAGCUGUUCUUGCGAAAGGGGAUUUCAACUGCAGUCGGACGGGGAGUCUUGUACAGGUGAGAAACAUGAGAAGUGUUGACUAAUAACCAUCAUCUAGUACUCGUAUUCAUAUCGCUCUCUUUAUAAACAAAAACAACGAAUUAAUAAGAACAUCCGUACAAGUUCUUUAGAAUGUAACACUUAUUUUGAUUGCUCUCAUAAACAGCCAAUCGCUCUAUGGAAACAGCCAAAAAUAUCGUCACCUAUUUGUACCUUGUAAGCAAAAUGGCAAACACCUCUGAAGCUUCAGCCUUUUUCCUCCGCAUGAAUCUUUGUUAUAAAGGCUCUCAAUAUUCUAAAUCGGUUACCAUGCAGUGUUGUCGAACUGAAAAGUGGAGUGAGCGUUUUUUUUAGAUAUCAACGAAUGUACCAUCAAUAAUGGCGGCUGCAGUCAUGAGUGCUUUAACAUCCUUGGAACAUUUUACUGCGGAUGUCCUAGAGGAUUAACGAUGGGGAUAGACAAUAUGACUUGUGUUGGUGAGUAAUAGCUAAUGCAGCCUGAAAUGUACAAAAAAUAUAUCUAUAUAUUUAUAUAUUUAAACAUAAAUUGAGUUAGGGAGGUGACGCUUUAUCCCAACAAGCCUGUUUCGUGAUUAAAUUACUCUUCAGGGGAUUUAAUUCACGAAACAGGCUUUUCGGGAUAAAGCAUAGUGUCUUUGUUUUUCCCCUAACUCAAUGCAUAUCGCGCUCUACUUCUAUGUAUCGAGCACUGUAAUAUGGAAAAACCGAAACAUAGACUUCAUAUAUAUACAAAAUUUAUCAGGUUUUCUGAAGGAGGAAGCGAAAAGAAAUCUUCACAUUUAAGGUAUCAUUUUACCCCGAGUUUCUUGGGUCCUGUUUUAACCCUUUGACCCCUAAGGAUGAUAAGCUUCUAACUUCUCCUUAAAAUAUCACCGCAGAAUUAUUCCCUAAGGUCGUGAGAAUAAAAUAAAGGAAAUAAUCAUCAACUAAGGAAGCUUUUGAUUGAUGUAUAGAGAACAGUAUGGAGAAUAAUGAUACUGAUGUUACGGUGUAAAGGGUUAAAUCUCUUAAUUUAUGUGUGUAAGUAAUAAAAAAGUCACGAUUUCUCACGAGAGUAGACCAUUGAAUCUUAGUCCCCUGUAAACACCAAACGCGGACCGGACCACCGAUUCGGUGGUCAGAUAUUCUACUAGUUAAAGAAGGAGUGAGCUCGUUAGUGAGCACAAUCAUGUGCUGGGAUUAUGUACCAGGUGGUCUUCAUUUCCUAGGAUUACAAAUUUCGAAAGUGUGGAGAGUAACUUGGAUGGCAUAUUUUGAGUACGGUUAUGAAAAAAAAAACGUCAGACGUUCGUGAUGAGUUUUUAACUGUUCAGGUAUAUAUUCCUUUCUGUUAGUUACAUGAUAAUAAGAAGCAGAAAAACAUCUAAAACAAAAUUUUGAAAUCAUCCUCAAGUUUGUAAAUCUUCUGUCAUAUUUUAGACCAAACUGCAAGUGUUUCGUGUGGGGAGAACAGUAUGACGGUUUCUCUGGUAAAGCAAAGAUUCCACUACUUUACAGUCAAUCAGCUACGCUUGCGCUAUGGCUCAUGCAAAGCCACCGAGAACUCCACCCACUUCUUGAUCGGCACCUCUUUAGAUAGCUGUGGGACGCAGCGAAACGAAACCGAAGAUUAUCUAAUCUUUUGGAAUGAGGUCCUUGCCGACGCCCUGAUAAUCAAUGGUGUGGUUACUCGUACACAUGAUAUAAAACUGCCAUUUUACUGCCGAUACUCCAGAGAGAAGUUAAUGAGUCUGGCCUUCACACCUCAGAGGAUUUACUUCGGGAAUGAAAGUAACCGAACUUAAUUGAUAUCUUUAUUUAGGAGUCGAUGUGAUUAACAUCGCACAACUGACGUCAUUAACGUUAAAAGUGGACCUCAAGUCGGUUUUAUGAGCAUGAAGCGAUCGAGAGAAUCGCGGGCUAACCCAGCCCCAGUAAGUUAUCAGGGUUCACUGUCCGUUUUAUUCCCAUCUAUACUAGGAGUAGAGAAGGACACCGUCAGAGUCGUGUUUUGCCCUAAAAAAAUCGCAAUGACCUAGCCAGGGCUUGAGCGAUAACUACCAGGCUACUGCACAUGUCCCCUGUGCAGUAGCCAGGGCUUGAGCGAUAACUACCAGGCUACUGCACAUGUCCCCUGUGCAAUUCAGAGUGAUCCACGCAGAUAGAAGGAUAAUUGAUGAAAAUCUCAAAUCCUCUGGUUAAUUGCAAAGUGAAACGGAGCAGUUAGACUCUGAACAAACCAGAGCAUUCCAACCGAACCCUAGACGUCCAGAUAAAAAGCUCUAAACCAUGUAAACUACUCUGCCAUGAAAGCUUCACUUGGGAAUCUGGACCUCUGAAGAAAAUUUUGCUGUAUGAUUAAGUACAACGUUCUUUUUAGGGAAGUGACUGGGGUUAUUACCUGAAAUAGAUAUUUCCUUCGACCUUUGUCAUGAAAUGCCCUGUAUGAACUAAAUACUACCUUGUUUUAAUGCAAUCCUAUGAAUGUUCCAUAAGGUACCUUUUCGGCUGGUUAUAACGACAAAAAUAAGGAAGAAGCUGAAACAAUCUUUUUUUUUUAUAAUUUUCACUAUUUAGCGGGAUAUGGUUCGUUCACUUUCAAGAUGGACUUCUAUAGGAAUUCGUCUUUUACCACGCCCUUCACGGAGCCAGACUACCCUCUAUCAGUGGUUCUGAAUGAAUAUGUGUAUUUACAGUACAGUGUGGCGUCCUCAGCUGGUUUAGUCAUCAUGGCUGAGAACUGUAAGGCGACUAAGGACGCAAGCUUUUAUUCGUGGCCGCAAUACACCUUCCUCCAAAACGGGUAAGCAUAUAAAUAUACCGUGAUCAAGCAGAACCAGCUGCUAGUUAAGCUUUCAAAAUUUUCAAAGCUUGAUACGAUUUUCGCAACAUAAUAUAAAAGACUGUGGUUAAGACAGCCUAUAUAAUAAAACUAGUGAAUAACAACGCUGGAACCCUUCAAUUUGAAGCGUUGGUCCUUAGUUUUUAUAUGGUCUUGUUGGUGAACAAACAUUAGAAAAGAGUCCAUACCGAGGCUCUACUAUUUACAAUUUCAUUCAUUUCAUUCUCUUAUUGUUGUCGAUUUUUUAUUAUUUCAACGAAAAGAUGCCCCACAGAUUCGACGCUUGACUACAGUUAUAAUCCAACUCGACACUACCAACAGUUUAAAAUCCGAGCGUUCAGAUUUUGGAACGACUACGACACAGUGUACUUCCAUUGUGAGCUGCUGGCCUGUCACCGUAAUUAUCCUGAUUCUAGGUUGGUCUCAAAUUAUUCAGUUACAUUGCAAACAAGGGAAGUCGGUCUGAAUUCACCUUGCUGGAUUUUAGAAAGCUGCAAAAUGUGUCAGCCGACUUUCCUUUUUCUUGUUUGGUUGUUGUCAAAUCGGCGAAAUGCUUUCACAAAAAAUAUCAAAUCUGGCCUGAGUGAUGUGAUUGAUGAAUUCUGUGAAUGAUAAAGUUUUAUUCUUGGUAUCGAUAUUAAUAUAUAUUUUGCGUGCUAAUCAAGUGCACUAUUCUGCCGGAGCUAAUCCAAACCCAUCCCCGUACCUUAAAUAUUGCUAUCCUUCCAGCGCGGAGCACUGGUCCAUCGUAGAAGGUGCGUCAAUGCUCUUUGUAAAGUUUUCCCUGACACUUCUUUACUAUUAGCUUACACUCCUGGUUCGAGACAGGCAAUUAAGAGGAAAGUGGCUUGCUCGUGUCCAUAAACAACACGAUAGACUUAAAUGGGCAAGCACGUAGACCUUUCGUUCAUGACCACGGUGCAAUUACCAUUUAAGGCCAUCUCCAUUACUAACACCUUCUUAAUUAAGGAUUGCUUGAAACACUUAUAGAGAGGAAAUAUAAACAAAGUUCAGGCAAGGUUAAGGCGGCUCACUGAUCCAAAAGUAAUAAAAACUUUUAAAAUGUGGCUAUUCAGAAAUGCAUUGCUGAUUCUUUUGCAUUUUUGUCUACGUGCUAAUCAUUUGUAAUUCAAAAUCCAACGAACACUUUUGCAGGUGCAGUAAGGGCUGUAUAAAGAACAAAAGAAAGAGAAGAGAAGUAACACGAGAUGGAGACCAAGAAGAAAGUACAAACAAAGUCAUUCUUACAGGUGGACCUGUAGUGUUCGAGGCGGCUAAAGAAGACGAACCACUCGAUCAGCGUAGGUUUUCGAAAAAAUAACUCGUUAAUACAAUGCUUUUAUCUGUUUGUUACGUUACGAUCCUUUUCAUGAAUCGGUUUAAAAACUCAAGGCUGCAUUAGUGUGACCGCGUCUUUCACACGAUCCUACUACUAUUUGUAAGGGAAGAACGACACCUUCUGAAGUGUAUGUAUCGAUUCAUAGCAAAGAUGAGGAUUUAUAUCCGCAAAUGAUGAUGAUUUGGUUCAGCAGGAGAAUGAAAUGCGUUCUUGUCUAUUGUUUCAUAGAGCCAAGUCAAAGUAAACAUACAGCUCUCAUCGGUGGUGUGGCAGGCGCUGGAGUAUUUGGACUGAUCGCAGCUGUAGCUCUGGUUGUUUUGUUGGUCAAGUUCCGAAGGACGCAACGGUUACCAAGCAACAAUGACGAGAGAGUUGGACAAAACAAUCUUGCUUUCAAGCUGGAAAAUGACGUGAAAGGAGAACAAAGCAGUGCUUAAAACGAUUACAGUGUUAAAAGACUAGUGGUAGCUUCAAUGGUUUGCUAAAUUGCCUGAAUUUAUGGCCUGUUCGUCACUUUUCAGGGGGAACAUAUUUGUUUGCGUAUUUCCAUAUUGCAGAGCACGUGAAAACUAACACUGGUUUCACCAAGGGCUCAAUGUUAUUUUGAAGGUGUCCUACAGACACUUGGCAUUACAGCAGUGUGUAUUGGUCAAACCUUUUAAUUUUGAGCAUAUACCGAGAUCAUGUAUAAUCAGCUAUUAAUAAUAGAACCCAUAAUAACUUUUUCAAAGUUUUUUUUUUUAUGUCUAACAUUGUUUUGUUAACAUUGUUAAAGUAGAGAAAUAAUAAACCGCUAUGCUGC